UGUCGAUUUUCCAAAUUAUAAAACUACUAUUGAUUUUGACACCAAAUGUUUCAUUACUAUCUCUCUAAUAAAUAUAACAUUAUAUAUUGAGAUUCAUAUUAAAAAUUUAAUUAAUUUUAUAAUAGCAGACAUUUUUUAAAUAUAUAUAUAUAUUUUAAAAUUCAUUUAUUCAUUUAAAUAAAGAAAUCAUAUUAAAGAUCAAAGACAACAACAAUAUCAACAAUGCAGACAACAUCGCUGGUAUCCAAUGCAACAAUUCUGGGCAAAUAUCUGGCCCUCAAUCAGCCCAAAGACAAGGUUCAAGUAAUGUAUGUAUGGAUCGAUGGCACCGGAGAGCACGUCAGGGCUAAGACAAAGACCGUAUCGUUUGUGCCAAAACAGGCCGAAGAGCUGCCCAUCUGGAACUUUGACGGCUCGUCCACUGGUCAGGCCGAAGGAAGCAAUGCCGAUGUCUAUCUAUUACCGGUUCAGUUGUAUAACGAUCCGUUUCGCGGCGGUGACAACAAACUGGUUAUGUGCGAAACUAUCAGAUACAACAAGAACCCGACCGAUUCUAACCAUCGACACAGUUGCAAAUUGGUAAUGGAUAUGGUUCAGGACCAGCACCCGUGGUUCGGCAUUGAACAGGAGUACACACUGUUGGACGGCAACGACCGCAGCAAACCGUUGGGCUGGCCCACUGGUGGCUUUCCGGGACCACAGGGACCCUAUUAUUGCGGUGUCGGCGCCAACCGAGUGUUCGGUCGCGAUGUGGUUGAGGCUCAUUAUAGGGCCUGUAUUUAUGCCGGUAUUAACAUUGCCGGUGAAAAUGCUGAAGUAAUGCCAUCUCAAUGGGAAUUCCAGGUGGGUCCCUGUGAAGGUGUUACUAUUGGUGACGACCUAUGGAUGGCCCGAUUCCUAUUGCACAGAGUGGCCGAAGACUUCCAUAUUGGCGUAACAUUCGACCCGAAGCCGAUUGUUGGCGACUGGAACGGUGCCGGCGCUCACUCCAACUUCAGUACACAAGCCAUGCGAGAAAAGGGUGGUUUGGCUGAGAUCGAGAAGGCUAUUGAGUGUCUGCGCAAAAAUCACGCCAAACACAUCGCUAAAUAUGAUCCGCGCGGCGGCGUCGACAAUGCCCGUCGGCUAACUGGUCGUCACGAGACGUCAAAUAUCAACACUUUUGCUGCCGGUGUGGCCAACAGAGGCGCCAGCGUUAGGAUUCCGCGACAGGUGGCCGACGACGGUUUCGGCUAUUUCGAGGACCGACGCCCGUCGUCCAAUUGCGACCCAUACGUGGUCUCCGAGGCUCUGGUGCGCACCUGUUGUCUGUUUGAAUAAAUUUUUUUUCGGGUAUUUUGUUUCCCCUAAUUUUUUAGGGGGGAGGAAUCAGAUGUGUGUUAGUCAUGUUUGUGGUGCUGAUCGACAACAACAACAAAACACAUCAAAUUUUUUUUCAUUUAUAUAUAUAUAUAGUUUUUUUCAAAUUUAAUUAGUAGUGAUAUAUCACUAUUUUUUAAAAAAAUGAAUAUACAAUUCAAUUAUAUAUGAUUUCUAUUCAUACAAAUUCAAUGAAAUUAAACGUUACAACAAAUAAAAAACAAGACAACAGUAAUAAUACUGAUAAAACUAAACUUAAAAAAAGUUUUCACACAUGAUUUUGAUUUGCUUUUAAAAAUUGUAAUUUUAUGUUAUCAUAUUAAACACAGAAAAAUAUUUAUCAUUUUUUUUAA